AUGGGCAUGUGGGCCACAGCAUCACGGGUAGUCUCGUCGACAACCUUCCUCGGCGCCAUCAUCUUCACCAUACCCCUCGCAUUCGACAUUGGCGGCCGCACCUGUGGACUGGCCUUCUCCCUGUCUCUCAGUGUCUACUACUUUGUCUACUCGACGCUACGACUAGCCACGCCAGACUCUUCGCGCUUCAGAUGGUUCCUCUGUAAUGUGAUAGCGUGGGCACAGUGGCUGGCCAUACCUACUCUCUUGAUCUGGAGCCUCAACAAGUUCUCCAUCGAUGCCGACGCCAAUUCGGGCUGGGUACAACGCACCUUUGGCGGCAAGCGAGCCGACUUCCAGACGGUCCAAGAAUGGAUCUUUGGCAGUGAGGGACUGCUGCAGAGUGCCUCGAUAGGUGCCUGGGACAAGACUCUGCGCUACAGCACACCCGUCUUCCAGAUUGCCGAGGGCUUCUGCAGUCUCUUGGUCAUCCAAGCCGCAGGCCAGAUCACCAGAUGGAUCGGCCUUCUCAUCACCUCCGCAUCCAUCAUCUCGACCUCAGUCUACUUCCUUUGGCGCAUCACUACCUUUCCAGAGAUCAGCAACGUCGACGCCAUCCUGAUCGGAGUCGCUAUUACAACCGCCAUCUUCCUUGGUGGAUGGGGUAUCGUCAGUGCUAGAGGUAAUCCAGUCGAAUCAUCGCUUUUGUUCGCCUAUGUUACUCUGUGCAUCUACCAGAUCUUCACCGACUACCAGCCAACACCAGGCUUUGUUGCAGAAUCAAGCGCGCCCUCUGACCCUGCCCUGCCGCCGCUACCACCUAUCAUCAUGGCCUCAUACACCACCCUUCUCCAUGCACUAGGCUCUUUGCCUACCAUCGCCCAUACUGGUUUCAACCUCAUGGUCGGUGCUGUCAUGACUAUCACGCCCUCUGUCAUCAUCUCUCUUGCCUACCGUGUUUUCGUCAUGUACGCUGCGGCGCGCAUCAUUCCUGCCAUUCGCGAAAGCGGUGCUCGCGCGCUAUCCCAAGAACCAAGUCUCGACGAUGACGACGAGACAUCGAAGAUUCUAGGCUUCUUGACCUGGUUCAGCCCAAGUAUCAUCAUCGCCGUCUACACCAGCCUGCUCAUGCAGCACUUCGCCAGCGGAAAUGGCGGCGACGGAAGUGCCGUGACAGGUGAGUGGUGGACGAACCAAGGCGGUGACGCUGGAGGUAACUUCUGGAGAUGGAUCAAUCUUGGUAUUACAAUGGGGCUAUACGCCAUCGAAUUGAAGAUCUCGAAUGCGGAUGACGACGGCAGAUUAACAAGUCACUGGAAGACGGAUUAG